UGAUGUCACAGAGUUGAAGAGCGCCUCCAUCCAUUGGCUGUCGUGUGGUCAGAAGGCGGAGCCUGACGUCUGGAGUAAGAUGUUCUGCAUCCUGUCAGAGUCUCAGCUGGUGAUGCUCAACAACCUGGAGGUCCAUCCUCUGCUCCUUGCCGAGAGGGCGGAGAGUUGCACUGUCUGGUUGCUAAGAUACAGCCUCCACACGACCUCAGCACCUCCUCGUCCCGCCCACAAAGAUGUUCCAGAGAGAGGGGUUCGCCGACAGAGCAUGCCCAGUAGCUCCGCCGUGGACUCGCCCACCGCCAGAGUGACGGGGUUUCUGUCCCGGAGGCUGAAACAGUCUCUCCGUCGUACCCGAUCUCAGCCAAAACUGUCUCGACCGAGCAGCGUUAAGGCCGACCUGAUCAACACUGCUGACACCAGGUGUGUGAUGCAGCGGCUGCGUUGUGGAAGUCAGGAGUCGUUGCUAAGCGCCGGCUGUGUGUCAUCUCUGGAACUCAGGAUGGACCAGUCAGUGCUCAUCAAACCUGUUCACUCCUCCCUGCUGGGCCAGGACUACUGCUUCGAGGUAACGACCUCCACAGGAACGAAGUGCUUCUCGUGUCGUUCGGCUGCAGAACGAGACAAAUGGAUGGAGAACCUGCGGCGAGCCGUGCACCCCAACAAGGACAACAGCCGGCGGCUGGAGAACGUGCUGACGGUGUGGGUGGUGGAGGCCCGGGACCUGCCCGCCAAGAAGAGGUACUUCUGCGAGCUGUGUCUGGACGACAGUCUGUACGCUCGGACGUCGUGUAAGCUGAAGACGGACAACAUCUUUUGGGGCGAGCGUUUUGACUUCAGCAGUCUUCCAUCCGUCGGCGCCGUCACACUCCACCUGUACAAAGAUACCGACAGGAAGAGGAAGAAGGACAAAAGCAGCUACGUCGGGUUGGUCAACAUCCCCGUCGCCGCGGUGACCGGCAGACAGCUGGUGGAGAAGUGGUACGCAGUGAGCACGCCCAGUACCAGCAGGGGUAAGUCGUCCGUGCCGACAGUGCGAAUCAAAGCUCGUUACCAGAGCAUUGUCAUCCUGCCGAUGGAGCAGUACAAAGAGUUUGCAGAGUACAUCAGCUCCAACUACCUGCUGCUGUGUAACACGCUGGAAGCCUCCAUCAGCCUGAGAGCCAAAGAGGAGCUCGCUGCAGCACUCGUACACAUCCUGCACAGCACUGGCAAAGCCAAGGAAUUCCUGACGGACCUGAUGAUGUCAGAGGUGGACCGUUGCCGUGACAACGACCAGCUGAUCUUCAGAGAGAACACACUGGCAACAAAGAGUAUCGAGGAAUACCUGAAGCUGAUUGGACAGAAGUACCUGCAGGACGCCCUUGGUGAGUUCAUUAAAGCUCUGUAUGAGUCAGAUGAGAACUGUGAGGUCGACCCGUCUCGCUGUGCGACCUCUGACCUUGCAGAGCAUCAGGCCAACCUUAGGAUGUGCUGUGAACUCGCCUUCUGCAAGAUCCUCGACUCGUACAGGGUCUUCCCCCGGGAGCUGAAGGAGGUGUUUGCAUCGUGGCGACAGGAGUGUAGUAACCGGGGGCGACCAGACAUCAGCGAGCGUCUCAUCAGUGCUUCGUUGUUCCUGCGCUUCCUGUGUCCGGCUGUGAUGUCACCGUCACUGUUCGACCUGAUGCAGGAAUACCCUGAUGAACGCUCAGCAAGAACUUUAACCCUCAUCGCCAAAGUCAUCCAGACCCUCGCCAACUUCAGCAAGUUUGGCACUAAAGAGGAGUAUAUGCUGUUUAUGAAUGACUUUGUGGAGCGGCAGUGGAGCAGCAUGCAGCGUUUCCUGCAGGAGAUCUCAAACCCGGACGGACUAAACCACACUGCCGGCUUCGACGGAUACAUCGACCUUGGCCGGGAGCUGUCCAGUCUGCACACCCUGCUGACCGAGCUUGACCAGGCGUGUCUGUCAAAGCUUGGGCCUCUUCCUCGGAUCCUCAGAGACGUGUCUGCAGCUCACGCUAACCCGGGGGGCGUGGCUCAUCCCGGGGGCGUGCCCAUUUCCUCCCCGGAGCCUCAGCGUGUGGUGUCUCCGCCCCCUCUGUCCCCGCCCCCUCUGUCCCCGCCCCUCUCUCCUCCUCUGGCGACCUGUAAUCCCUCCAUCGGCCUGCAGGGUGGGGCCGGACUCGACGGAGGUUUGGUAGAUUUCACCAGACUCCCCUCUCCAACUCCAGAAAACAAAGACUUGUUCUUCGUUACUAAAGGAUCCAGUCUGCAGCCCGCCUCAGGCCUGGCGGGCUCUCCGGCUCCGAGCUCAUCCUACUCGGAGCCGAAUGAGAACGAGGAAGGGUUUGAAAUGACCAAUGGGGGCCGGAGGGAGGGGCCAGAUCUGACCAACGAGAGCCGCAGUCUGUCUCUGAUCGACUUGCAGGACUCGUCCCCUAGCGACGGCCUUGACGACAGCCAGUGGCAGCGCAGGACGGGGCUGCUCCCACUCUCUUUCCAGAACCCCGUGUAUCACAUGACCACCACGUCGCCACGGCCGCAGACAGAUGCCACGCCCUCGGACGGCUCGGCAGGGUCACAGGGAAAUGCCGACGACAGGAACGCAACGACAACCAAACCAGCGUUUCUUACCCAGAUGUCUGUGGGGUUGGGAGGGGGAGAGAGGGGGGAGAGGAUGUCGGCCAUGUCCAGCAGCAGCAGCGGGGAGGAGUACUCCAGACGAGCUCUGUCCCUCACCGAGACCCUCACAGGUAACUCUGUCCCCCCUCGUCAGAACUCCUCGGGUCCUCAGAGACGUAUCGAUCAGCCUCCUCCCCCUUCCUCCGCUCCACCGGGACCUCCUCGAGGCCGGACACCUCCCAGCAUGCUCAGCGGUGCCGGAGGCUCCGCCUACCCUCCUCGCCCCGCCUCCGGUAGUAUGAUGUCAUCAAGUCCUGAUUGGCCCAGCAGCGGCCAGUCGCGGCUCAGACAGACCUCAUCGUCGUCUAAAGGAGACAGCCCCGAGAAACAGCGACCCUCUGCCAAGGCUCCGUCUCCCUGUGCGUUGGACCGUACAGCCGCCUGGCUGCUCAACAUGAACUCCGCCUCCUCCUAUGGCGAGACGGAGGACGAUCGUCAUGACGACGCCCUCAUAGAGAAGUACCAGCAGGAGAUUGCAUUGCUGCAGGAGAAGUUGCGAGUUGCAGCGCUGCGGCAGGACGAGUGUGAAGCCCGACUGCUGGUCCAGGAUCAGCAAAACCAACGCAUGCUGCAGGAGUACCAGGCUCGGCUGGAGGACACAGAGAGCCGACUGAGGAGGCUGCAGGACGAUAAAGACCUGCAGAUGAACAGCAUCAUCAGCAGGUUGAUGGCAGUGGAGGAGGAGCUGAAGAAGGAUCACUCUGACAUGCAAGCUGUGGUCGACUCCAAACAGAAGAUCAUAGAGGCACAGGAGAAGAGGAUUGCGAGUCUCGAUGCCGCCAACAGUCGCCUGAUGGCGGCACUGACUCAGCUAAAGGAACGCUACGCCGUGACAUCACAGAGGAAUGGGCUGUCUCCUAGCAACACGUCGUCUCUGCAGAUCACGGAGAAUGGAGAGUUCCGUAACUCCGGCGGCUGCUGAGCUCUGAUUGGCUCUGACUGCAGGAGGUGGGAGGGGCUUAUCUGCAUAAUGUGUGAGGCCACAGGAGGCGGGGCUAACUCAUUAACCAUGCUCUUUAUUUAACCACAGAACUGCCAAUCAAAUGAUGGAUCUCACCUCUGACCUGACUCUGCCCCUGUUGCUAGGUUACCACUCAGCUCGUAUUUUUGUUUUGCAUGUUUUGCAUCGUUCAUUACGAAGUCUGACAUCAUAUCCUGUUUCCUUCUGGUACUUCAUGGUGAGAGCCAGAAACUUCCAGCAACCAAACUGCACGUCUUUAUUAUUGAACUAAGUCACUUGGAACUACUCUGGUCCCUACUGGUCUCUACUGGUCCCUACUGGUCCCAACUGGUCUCUACUGGUCUCUACUGGUCUCUACUGGUCCCAACCGGUCCCAAUCGGUCCCUACUGGUCUUUACUGGUCCCUACAAUUCCCAACUGGUAUCUACUGGUCCCCACUGGUCCCAAUUGGUCUCUACUGGUCCCUACUGAUCCUGAUCGGUCUCUACUGGUCCCUACUGGUCCCUACCGAUCUCUUCUGGUCCCUACUGGUCCCAACCGGUGCCUACUGGUCUCUACUGGUCCCAACUGGUCCCUACUGGUCCCCACCAGUCUAACUGGAACAACUUCAGCUCUACGUGGCUCCGGUGUUUAUAUUAGAAGAUGAAACUUUAUUGACCGACGUGGCGUUGACAGUUUGUCUGGUGGAAGUUCAGAGCUCCGUGACUCUUUAGGCUCUUUGUGUUUAGAUCGUGACUUAAAGGAACAGUCCAGCAUUUUAUCAGCUUCAGCUCUGUGUGUCCUGGACACAGAGAGGGUUAGCCUAGCUUAGCACAAAGACUGGAAACAUGGGGAAACUGUUAGCGUAGCUCCGUCAUAGGAGAACAAACCUUCAUCUGAUUGUGUUGAGCGCUUGGCCGCUCUGGGCUUCCUUAGCGUUGAACAUUUAGUUUAUCUGGAUCCGAGGGUGAUGUGAGACAGUUAGACGUUAGUUUGUGUUGUUUCAGAGAAUUCUACUGAUUUUAAUGUAAACAUCAGAUUUUAUUGUACAACAGUAAAAACUUUAAAUUGUGAUGAAUAGUUUGUGAACACACACACACACACACACCUCGGCUGUCCUGUACAGCUGGACUCUACUGAACUUUGCUGGACUCUACUGAACUCUGCUGGACUGUGCUGGACUUUACUGAACUCUACUGAACUGUGCUGGACUCUGUUGGACUCUACCAGACUCUAAUCAACACUGUUGGACUCUACUAAACUAUUUUGGAAUCUACUAAACUCUACUGGACCCUACUGGACUCUUCUGGACUCUACUGGACUCUGCUGGACCCUACUAGACCCUGCUGUGUUCACUGUGGCUUCUGUCUCUGUUCUGUAUUUAUGAAACUUUCUGUUGUUGUUAUUUAUCAUCAGUAUUUAUAAAGAGAUGCUCCAAUAAACUGUUACACUAUCAGCCUGUUGCACAAUCUGGACCUCAGCGCCCCCGGUGUCUGAAACGUGCCAGUGCAGACAGACAAGUUUUAUUCUUUA